AUGGUAGACCCUGUUCCUUUGCCUUCGGAAGUUAUUGAGCGAAGUGAGACAGGAAGUGUGAAAAAUGAAAAAGAUGGAGUUGUUUUUUCAUUUCAUGGAAAGAAUAAAUCUAGGGGUUCAAAUUCCAAUAAUGGAACCAUUGGCAGCAGAGAACUUUCUGCAGCCCAGAAAUGUCAUUCAGAAGAAACUUCUGUCCAGAAUAAAGUGUCAGAGAAGAAAAGUGAAAAAGUUUCAGUGUCUUUGCAGGGUAUACCUUCAGGAAAUAAAAUUGUAAAGGUUGAACCAUUCAGAAACGCAUCGUCCAAGGUAGAAAGUACAAAACAUUCAGAGAAGCAUACAAAGAAGAAACUGAAAGUCGCUGAACAAAGUUUGGAUGGGUCAUGUAAAUCUAGUGCCAGUUUAGUUUCCAGGGAGUCCAGUAUUAUAUAUUGCAAGCAAAAUGAAUUACAUAUGACUAGAGAUGAUAAAAUUGGAACAAACACAAAGUCAGAUUUAUUGAAGAAUAAUCCAUCACCUGCAGUUAGUAGCACUAUUAUCAGGCAUGGAGGUGGAGGAGGGGGUGAAAAAGAAGACGAGGAGGAGGAGGAGGAUGCUCCGUUAUCUGUUCGGCUUCAAGGAGUUUUGUAUGGUGAUCGAAACAAAGCCAAGUCUAGCAUCCACUGUUGUGCCUCUCAUGACAGCCCUUCAGAGUCAGUUAUUAAAUUUGAAGAAAGUUCAGGUAUUUUAAAGCGGCCAGUUGUGAAGAACAACUCUUGUCCUUGUCCGCUGAAAGCCCAAAAGACAUUAUCAUCUACCCCAGAAAGUAAUACUGAUGUUCAUGAUAAGUCCUCUAGGAUAAGCAGCACAGAAUCUGUAGAUGAGAUUAAGACACAUAACAACAGGCCAGAAACAUCAGUCCACUCUGUGGAUGAUGACAGGGGGGAAGAGAUUGCACAGGCCAACAAAAUCAGAGUCAGUAAUUCAAACUAUGUGAAAAGAAUGACACUUGAUGAUCAAUUACUUGCCAGUAUUCAGAGAACCAAGGCAGUUGUGAAAUUGGAAAGGCUAGAUGAGAAUGCAUUGAAAUCAAAUGGAUUGGUUGUUUCAAAACCCGACACUGAGUCCGUAAAUUAUACACUUGAUGAAGACAUAAUUGUUAUUAGUGAUGAUGAAGAGUACUUCCCAUCAUCACAGAUAUUUGAUGACCAGAAGAUAGAUUUGGAGUUACUUAAAACAGAAGAUCAGGAUGCAGUUCGUGAAGAUCUGUUGUAUACUAAAGUUCUUGAAGAUGAUGAUGAAGAUGUAGUAGUGUUUGAAGAUGAUGAAUCAAAUUUAAAUGAUGAUCAGUGGUUCAGAAGGCUCUCACAGCAAGAUCUUGAACCUGAACCAAUCUCAGAGUUGCGUCCACAACAACUGAAAGCAGAGAAAGAGAAAAGGGACAGUGGAUUAAGAGAAGAGUCCUUGCAGGAUGUUGAUCUGCUGCAAGCUACAACUGACGGUGAAAUGAUACAGAAAGAAAUGUUACCUGGUGAUUUAUUGAAAACAGAUCAAGUGAAAUUGAAAUGUGAAGAAUCAGUUAAGAAACCAAAACUUAGUGUUAGGGCAUUGGUAAUUGAUCCACCGCCAAUGCCACGACGACGGGCUUUUCAGAGAGGCAUUUCUGCAGAAGUGGCAAUUCGAAUGUUCAAGGAGCAAGUAGAUGUUUCCCAGCAGCAAGCAAAACCUAGAAACAUUGUCAGUGAUACCAUCAGUAGGAAAGGAAAGAAGGGAGGAAGUAAAAAGAAAAUCUGUGUCCAGUCAUCCAUCUCAGAUGAACCGCAUUUUCUCACUGCCAAUGAAAAGAAGCAAAUUUCAGAUCAGCGUAAAGAAAAGCUCAAAGCCAUCUCUGAAAAGGAAAAAGCUGUUGCAGCAGCUUCAAAGCUUCAAGAUUAUUUUCCUGUUUUUCACUAAAAUUUAUGCCUGAAUUAUGGGAGCCCUUUGAUCAUCCUACGCAUAUGUACAGUGUUAUAUAUCCUAUGUACUUUUCUCGGUAUAUAUGUAUACAUUUUAAAGUCCUUUACUUUGUUUCAGCUGAAAUUCGAGAAUAUUUCACCCAACAAAUUUUACAGUCUCUGAAUAUUUCAGCCUAAUAUAUUUCACUAAAUCCUACGCACUCACGGCCUAAUACCCACAUGUCAUUUAAACCAACAAAACGUAUGUGAACACCGAAUUUUGACCCGAAACUUUACACCGUGAUAUAUCAUUACCAUUACUGUAAAAAGAAUUAAAACUCAGCAAUAAUGUGGAUAUUGUUUCUGGAUGAUGGCACUGUGCAAAUGUACUUCCGUAAAAUUCACUCUCUCAAUGUUCAUUUCGAAUAAUAAAAAUAAAAUAUAUUCUUUCAUAUUUCAGACCUCUGAUUCUACAGAUAUUGUGCAGACUUUUCUUUGACUUACUCUUCAGUCCUGAAAAUGGAGCCGCCAUGUUCCUCCAGAAUAUCGGUGGAUUUGCCGAACAACGAGUCCAUGGUGCUACAGCCAGGGACAUCGUAUUCAUGGCCACCGCUGUGAGAAUUUCAAUUACAAAAUAUUUUAGUGUAUAUAAUUAGGCUUACGAAUAUGUUUCAGAUAAUUUUUAUUAUUAUUACUACUAUAUUAUUAUCAUCAUUAAUGUUGUUAUCAUCCUAAUAUGGAAGAAAUAAUUAUUUCGGUACAAACGUUGUCUACCCCAAGUCUAUGAAACAUAACCUCAGAUUGAGGCCGCGCCAUAGCUCAAGCGUUUAGUCGCUGGCUUCCCACCGCGGAGGCCCGGGUUCCAUCCCGG